CGCACCUACCUCUCCGACGAGACCCUACCAUAUCCCCUCCCCGUGGACCUCCAUGAACUUCAUCGCCAGUCCCUGCGCACCCUCCUCCUCUUCCAGCUUUUUGGCGGGCCCGUCUGCUCUCCAGCUCUUGUCAAACACCCGCCCACACGCGUGCUCGACCUGGCCUGCGGGUAUGGUUUCUGGAGCAUGAUGUGCCACUCGUACUUCUCCCGCAAGGGCUAUUCCAAUAUCUCGUUUACCGGUCUCGACAUCGCACCCCUUGGCGGGAUAGCUGGCAUGAAGUGGGAAUUUGUCCAGCACGACAUGCGCAUCCUGCCACUACCGUUUCCCGACGAUGAGUUCGACCUCGUCAUGUGUAAGGAGCUGUCUCUGGUCAACAAACUGACCCAGUUCCAAGAUCUCAUGGAUGAGUUCCAGCGCAUUCUCAAGCCGGGUGGCGUCCUCGAGGCCUGGGACUGCGACCACCCCAUUCGUAUGCUCAGACCACACAACGAACAAGAGAACCAGGUCACCGAGCUCGGCGCCUACUUCCUGGGCAACAACACACCGCUCUCAGGACCACAGAACAACUACCUGAUCGAGUACAACAGCUGGAUCAACAAGUAUCUCGAGUCGCAACAGCUGCUCAGCUGGCCGUGCGCCAACAUCGGCUCGUACUUCCUCCAGGAACCUCUGCUCACCGGGUUCGGCUUCAAGCGUCUGGCCAUCCCGCUCACAGAGGUGCGGUGGGAGCGGGAGGGCGCCCACAGCGGUGACAACUGUGACGGGGACAAGAAGGGCAGGAUCCUAGGCUCGGCACAGCUGGCACUCAGACAGACCGCGCUGCAGACGGUGCUGGGCUUCAUCGAGGGCAUGGAGCCGUCGCUACGGAAGGUGAGCGGCAAGAAGCAGGACGAGUGGGACACCUGGAUGGGCAAGCUUAUGAAAGAGCUCGUCGAGAACGACGGGGCGAACUGGGGCGAGUGUCUUGAAGUGGGGGCGUGGUGGGCUAUGAAG